AAGGGGCCGGUGCUACCGGAAGGAGGAACACAGCUGGCAGGGAGAGGCUAAAGAGGAGCCCGAAGAGUGCCAAGGCAGAGGGCUCCAGUCCUGUGCCGGCAGAGACCUCACUGUGCUCGGAGCAGGGGACGAUGACAGACGUGAAGGUGAAGACGGAGCUUCCUGAUGACUACAUCCAGGAGGUGAUCUGGCAGGACGACGCCAAAGAGUCCAAGAAGAACGUCAAGGACGGAUCUGGGGAUGUGCCGGCUGAGAUCUGUGUGGUGAUUGGGGGUGUCCGGAACCAACAGACCCUUGGGUCCUACGAGUGUGGAAUAUGUGGGAAGAAAUACAAAUAUUAUAAUUGUUUCCAGACCCAUGUGCGAGCACAUCGAGACACUGAAGCAGCCUCAGGUGAAGGAGCAUCCCAGGGCAACAACUUUAGGUACACAUGUGAUAUCUGUGGGAAGAAAUAUAAAUAUUACAGCUGUUUUCAGGAGCAUCGAGACCUGCAUGCUGUGGAUGUGUUUAGUGUCGAAGGAGCCCCAGAAAAUCGGGCAGACCCUUUUGAACAAUCUGUCGUGGCUACAGAUGAAGUAAAAGAGGAACCUCCAGAGCCAUUCCAGAAAAUUGGGCCAAAAACUGGUAAUUACACCUGUGAAUUUUGUGGCAAGCAGUAUAAGUACUACACCCCUUACCAAGAGCACGUGGCCCUUCAUGCCCCCAUCAGUACCUCCGCUGGGUGGGAGCCGUCUGAGGAGCCCGACACUAGUUCUGAGUGUUCACAUCCAGAGUUCUCUCGAUCUCCACUCUUCAUGGCAGUGAAGACACAGGCGAGCCAGUCGGGCAAAAAAACACCAGCUUCCAUAGUCCGGUGCUCCACCCUUCUACAACGCACCUCCUCUGGUGCCCCUCCAGCCUCCCAAACCCAGAUGUUCCGUGCUCCAAAUUCCGGAUCCCCAGGAAGCAAGGCAACCACAGAAAGCGCCUUCAGUAGGAGAGUCGAGAGCAAAGCACAAAACAACUUUGAAGAAACAAACAGCAGUUCUCAAAACUCAAGUGAAGCUGCAAGCCCCCUGAUUUCCAACCCAUUCCCGCUCUUGCAGAAACCUUACACCUGUGGCGCUUGUGGGAUCCAGUUCCAGUUUUAUAACAAUCUCCUGGAGCACAUGCAGUCCCAUGCAGCUGACAACGAGAACAACAUCGCCUUCAACCAGCCCCGGUCACCUCCAGCCGUUGUGGAAGAGAAGUGGAAACCACAGUCCCAAAGGAACAGCACCAACAACACAUCGGUGAGCAGUUCAGCACCCAACAGCACCAUCCCAGAGAAGGAGCGGCAGAACAUCGCAGAGCGGCUGUUACGCGUAAUGUGCGCAGACUUGGGCACGCUGAGUGUGGUAAGCGGGAAGGAGUUCCUCAAACUGGCACAGACCCUGGUGGACAGCGGUGCCCGCUACGGCGCCUUCUCGGUUACCGAGAUCCUCGGCAACUUCAACACUCUGGCCUUGAAACACUUGCCUCGGAUGUACAAUCAGGUGAAGGUGAAGGUCACCUGUGCCCUGGGCAGCAAUGCCUGCCUGGGCAUUGGCGUGACCUGCCACUCUCAGAGCAUCGGCCCCGACUCCUGCUACAUCCUGACGGCCUACCAGGCUGAGGGCAACCACAUCAAGAGCUACGUCUUGGGCAUCAAGGGUGUGGACAUCCGGGACAGUGGCGACUUCAUCCACCACUGGGUCCAGAACGUGCUGUCCGAGUUUGUGAUGUCUGAAAUCAGGACAGUCUACGUGACAGACUGCAGGGUGAAUUCAUCUGCCUUCUCCAAGGCUGGCAUGUGCCUUCGCUGCUCAGCCUGUGCCUUGAACUCAGUGGUGCAGAGCGUGUUGAACAAGCGGACGCUGCAGGCCCGCAACAUGCACGAGGUUAUUGAGCUGCUGAAUGUCUGUGAAGACCUGGCGGGCUCCACAGGCCUCUCGAAGGAGACCUUCGGCUCCCUGGAGGAGACCUCUCCCCCACCCUGCUGGAACUCGGUGACAGACUCUCUGCUGCUGGUGCACGAGCGCUACGAACAGAUCUGCGAGUUCUACAGCCGUGCCAAAAAGAUGAACCUCAUCCAGAACCUGAACAAGCACCUCCUGAGCAACCUGGCCGCCAUCUUGGCCCCCGUGAAGCAGGCGGUGAUCGAGCUGAGCCAUGAGAGCCGGCCCACCCUGCAGCUGGUGUUGCCCACCUACGUCAAGCUGGAGAAGCUCUUCACGUCCAAGGCCAAUGACGCCGGGGUCGUCAGCAAGCUCUGCCACCUCUUUCUGGAGGCCCUGAAGGAAAACUUCAAGGUGCAUUCAGCCCACAAAGUUGCCAUGAUCCUGGACCCCCAGCAGAAGCUGCGACCCGUCCCACCCUACCAGCACGAGGAGAUCAUCGGCAAAGUGUGUGAGCUCAUCAAUGAGGUGAAGGAGUCUUGGACUGAGGAAGCGGACUUUGAGCCUUCCACCAAGAAGCCACGGGCCACCAGCGAAGCCGCCACAGCUCAGGAAGACGACCGGUUUGGGAAAAACGAAGUUUAUGAUUAUUUGCAGGAACCUCUCUUCCAGUCCACUCCUGACCUCUUUCAGUACUGGUCUUGUGUUACCCAAAAGCAUACAAAACUGGCCAAACUGGCCUUUUGGCUCCUCGCGGUGCCCGCCGUAGGGGCCAGGAGUGAGUGUGUAAAUAUGUGUGAGCAAGCACUUCUCAUUAAAAGGAGACGACUUCUUAGUCCCGAAGACAUGAACAAACUCAUGUUUUUGAAGUCCAACAUGCUUUAAAACUGUCUUUUAGUUUAAAAUAAUAAUUAAUUAUAAUAAUAACUAUAAAACACUGUCGCAAUCAA